CAUACAUUGCAAACCCUAUUGAGAAAAUGCCUUCCUUUGAUCACUUCACACUUUUUGCAGCUCUACUCUUUGCUACUUCCUUCCUCGUAUCCCCGACAACACAGCAUCGGUUAUCCCCAACAUUUUACGAUGAAACAUGCCCAAACGUAAUUACCAUCAUACGAGAAAUCCUUCAAGACGCUUUGAAGUUCGAUCCCCGUAUGGGUGCCAGUCUCAUUCGGCUUCAUUUCCAUGAUUGUUUCGUCAAUGGUUGUGAUGGGUCCGUUCUAUUGGACAACAGUUUUACUAUAGAGAGUGAGAAAGACUCUUCCCCAAAUAAGAAUUCUUUAAGAGGGUUUGAAGUCAUUGAUAGGAUGAAGAGUGAACUGGAGUGUGUUUGUCCAGGCACUGUUUCUUGUGCAGAUAUUCUCACAAUUGCAGCUGAAGAAUCUGUUUAUUUGGCAGGAGGUCCUCCGUGGAGAAAUCUAUUAGGACGAAGAGAUUGCUUAACAACAAACAAAACCCAUGCGAAUUCAGCACUUCCUUCUCCUUUUGAAACUCUUGAUGAACUCAAAGCUAAAUUCUCAGUCGUUGGCCUCAAUAAACGCAGAGAUUUAGUCGCGCUCUCUGGUGCUCACACAUUUGGAAGAGCUCGUUGUGUAGGAUUCUCUCACCGAUUAUUCAAUUUCAAUGGCACUGGUGCUCCAGAUCCAACUUUAAAUACUAACUUCCUAGAAGUGCUUCGAGAAAUAUGUCCUCAAGGUGGAAACCAAAGUGUCAUCACUGAUCUUGAUCCAACCACACCUGAUGCUUUCGACAACGCCUAUUUCUCUAACCUUGAGAUUGGAAAAGGUUUGUUGCAAAGUGAUCAAGAACUGCUUUCAACUCCUGGUGCUGAUACUGCCGAUAUCGUCAACGAAUUUAGCAGUAACACUACUGCCUUCUUCGAAGCUUUCGUAUUAUCUAUGAUUAGAAUGGGAAAUCUAAGUGUGUUAACAGGCACCGAAGGAGAAAUCAGAUUGAAUUGUAGAGUGGUUAAUGGAGCUCUGACUUUAUCAAAUGACAAUUCAGUAAGUUCAAUAUGA